AUGAAAGGGAGCCAGGUGUGGCACCCGAGUGUGAUCUUUGCACAGCUGGACCAAGGCUGGAAGAGGAGUGUGGACAGAGAUGCUUACAUCUCCUCCUCCUUCGUGGACAAUACUUUUGCAUCUGAAGAGAGAAAGAUGGAAGGAGUGAAUAGGUGCACAUCGAGUGCUUUUUCCAUUUCGGUUAAAAUACAGUGCCUUACACUGUGGAGAGAUUUGGGGACAGGCGGGGACGAGCGCGCGGACCGGCAGGGGGCGGUCCCUGUCUCGCUAGUCUCCACCUUUUAUUUUGACCGGUCGGAUGGCGACAGGCUCGCGCUAGGACCCAGGCGCCAGAGCGCCUCCGUCUGUCCUGCCGUGCCCCCCGCCCCGGCCGCGCCCGCGCCCCAGCCCCCGGCCCAGCCCGAGGAGCCCGCGGGGGCCAAGCCCAGGUGCCCCUUCUCGGACAUUUUCAACACCAGCGAGAACUCGAUGGAAAAGCACAUCAACACUUUUCUGCAGAACGUGCAGAUUCUGCUCGAGGCCGCCAGCUACCUGGAGCAGAUCGAGAAAGAAAACAAAAAGUGUGAACAUGGCUAUGCCUCAUCGUUCCCCUCUAUGCCGAGCCCCCGGCUGCAGCACUCAAAGCCCCCACGGAGGUUGAGCCGGGCCCAGAAACACAGCAGUGGGAGCAGCAACACCAGCACUGCCAACAGAUCUACACACAAUGAGCUGGAAAAGAAUCGACGAGCUCAUCUUCGCCUAUGUUUAGAACGCUUAAAAGUUCUAAUCCCACUAGGACCAGACUGCACCAGGCACACCACGCUUGGUUUGCUCAACAAAGCCAAAGCACACAUCAAGAAACUUGAAGAAGCUGAAAGGAAGAGCCAGCACCAGCUUGAGAACUUGGAACGAGAACAAAGAUUUUUAAAGCGGCGACUGGAACAGCUGCAGGGUCCUCAGGAGAUGGAACGAAUACGAAUGGACAGCAUCGGAUCGACUAUUUCUUCAGACCGUUCUGAUUCAGAGCGAGAGGAGAUUGAAGUGGAUGUUGAAAGCACAGAGUUCUCCCAUGGAGAAGUGGACAAUAUAAGUACCACCAGCAUCAGUGACAUUGAUGACCACAGCAGCCUGCAGAGUAUUGGGAGUGACGAGGGUUACUCCAGUGCCAGUGUCAAACUUUCAUUCACUUCCUAGAACCCAGCAUGACAUACAGUGCAGGGCAAAAUAUUCACUGGGCCAAUUCAAUACAAUCUCUUAAAUUGGGUUCAUGCAGUCUCCUCUUUAAAACUAAACAAAAUAUACUUGAACAAAAGGGUCAAAAGACCUAUAUUUAAGCAAAUACUUAAAAGUGGGGCAGAGCCUCCCCAGCAGAACAAAUAUUCAUAAUAUUCAUAUUGGAAAGAUCACAGUUUCUAAUGGCAGCAGAAAACUUGUGAGAUUUUCUUGGUUUGAUCUAGUUGAUUAAAAGAGGACAUCGGAGAUUCUAUCCUCUUUUUCUUUCCGAGUUUGCUCAUAAUACAUUGAGUAGACACACUUUAGGAUGGGGUUCUGAACCCUACUUGAGCUUUAGGGUCCUAAAAAUAAACUGAAAGUAAUUAAAAGACAAGAUAAUCAGGCAUUAAUCUUUGAUAACUAAAGACCUAUUAAAACAUACCCUGGGACAGCUUAUCAUGAAGCCUGUGGAUGAUCAAUUCUUUAAAAAAAAAAAAAAAAGGAAAAAAGAAAAGAAAAAAAAAAAAGCUCAUUUCAUGCUCCAUGCUCUGCAAAAGGAGAGACUCUCAUGAAGCCUUUUGAAAGGGAUCAUCAUGCAGCUCAGCUUUCUGUUGGAUUCCAUGCUAAGCAAGCUAACCAUAUCCUGCAUUGUUAGCACUAGGGCACCCAACCGCCAGCUCGCCAGCCCCACCGCCACUAGGCCGCAUGGGGGCAGUCCAUGCAUGACAGCCUCUGUCACACAAGGCCUAUGAGUAUGGACUGGGGAGCAAGAAGGAAAAUGCUCCACGUGCCUCUAUGUCUGCGUGGGUCAGAAGAGUUGUACACGCAGAUGAGCAGGCCAAGGUCUGAGCCACGGCAGCAUUUUUAUUUCAGAUUUUGAUAACUGUUUAUAUGUGUUGAAAACCAAAAUGACAUCUUUUUAAAGCUUGUCCAUAAAAAAAAAAAUAGAUGUCUUUUAUAGUGGAAACACACAUGGGGAAAAAAUCAUCUAUUUUGAUGCAGCAUUUGAUAAUGAUAAAACACCUCACUCCUCACUCUUUAUAGUGCACAAAAUGAAUGAGGUCUGGGCUAGGUAGAAUAAAAGGUCAAUGCUGUUUUUGUUUUCUUUUAGAAUCAUUACCUUUUACCAGCUUUUAACCAUCUGUUAUCUAUAGCAAAUACACACACUAUCAUAUAGUUAACAUAGUUAAGUUCAGCACUUGUCUCAUUUAAAUGUAAAGAUUUGCUUCCAUUUUCCUACAGGUAGUCUGUCUCUCCUUCCUCACAAUCCCACUGUGCAGGUGCUAUUGUUGCUCUUAUAUUUUCAUAAAUGUUAUUUUCUUUUAAGUGAAAUUUCUAGCCUGCACUUUGAUGUCAUGUGUUCCCUUUGUCUUUUGAACUCCAAGAUCCCCUUCUGGUCCUCUCCCUUAUCCUAAGAAGCCUUCUUGAAGACUUUACCCCUGGCUGUUUGGACUUUGUAAACUUUAAAUAAUUUAACUACCCUUAAUUACUUAAAAAAAAAAAAAAAGCUUUAUGAUUUUCAUAACUUAUUGCUGAUUUUAAUGGGUUGUUAAUUUCAGUCCUGUAGUUUUAUUUUAUGUUUAGAUAGGGCUGGGCAAGGAAAAGAAAAUAAAGACAACCAUAUUUAGCAAUGCA